CACCUUCCAUAAAAUCAAAUUCUUUCAAAAAGCUCACACCAUAUAUAUAUAUAUAUAUAUAUAUAUCACCUCCUUCUCUUUAAUAUUGGACAAGAAAAGAAGCUUUAAAGGAUAAUGACUAUUUGUUCCCACUACUUCAAAAGCAAAGUAGUAAUUAACUUUCUCCAUUACAUGCACUCUUCUUUCCUUAACUUUUUCUUUUUCUUUUUCUUUUUUUGGUUUUGAUACAUGAUCUAAAGCAUUGCUAUCUAUUAACUAUCUUCUUUGCAAACCCAUAUCAAUUAGAUAAAUUGAAAGAAUGUCACAGGACUGGGGACCGGUGAUCAUCGCAGUGGUUCUCUUCAUCUUGUUAUCUCCGGGGCUCUUAUUUCAGCUUCCGGCGAGGUCUAGGGUUGUAGAGUUUGGGAAUAUGAACACAAGUGGGUUAUCCAUUCUUGUUCAUAGUAUUAUCUUCUUUGCUAUUCUCACCAUUCUUGUCAUUGCUGUUGGAGUGCAUAUUCAUACAGGAUGAUAUAUAUAUAUAUAAAUAUAUAUCAUUCAUGCACUUUGUAGUUUGUUUUCAUGCAUGCAUGCAAGCACUUACGUAUACGUAUGUUUAAAGUUCCUGUGUUUCUUCAACUAAUUAACGUAUGAUAUAUAUAUACUUUCCUAUCUUUUUAUGUAUGUUUGAUUUCCAUGCAUGAAUAGUUCAUGUUCUUUUGCUUCUUUAAUCAAUUGUCGGUGGAGUGAUUCUUGUUUUCUUAAUUUCUAUUUUUGAAGUGAUGAGUUAUUAAUUUAUCAAUGUCUUUAUCGUGUUCUUGUGUUAAUUUCUUUAAUCAAGUUUGGUAGAGUAAUUCUUGUUUUCCUUAGUUUUUAUUUGUAAAGAUGAUCAAUUUAAUUUAUUGCUUAUUAACACACACACACACACACACACACACAUAUAACUUAAAUGGCAACUUAAUUAAGGGUUAUGUUUUAUCAAAGAAUAUGCCUACUCUGGCUUGAAGUUUAGUUGGUAAUAAAAGCAUUUUGGAGACAUAUCACGUCAUACAGCUAAUGGCUAAUUAAAGUGGAGAGUGAUGCCUCAAGAUUAUGACUUUAAUUAAUGGAAGCUAGGUAAUUAAAGGGUUCUUAUCUACUGAAAAAAAGUUUUAUUAAGCUUUAAUUUAUAUUAAUUAGUCUAAUUAUGUAUGAUUAACAACUGAUAUAAUUAAUUAAUACCAUCUUGA